GGUCACGCUAACUACGAGUCUUGACUACGUAGUCCGCACCUAUUAACAUGGCUCGACAGAAGAGAGUCAAAAACCAACUAACUGCACAACAACAAAAGGUCUUAAAGAAACUUAGAACCAGGGAAGAUAUAUUGAUAGUCUCUGCGAACAAAGGAUGCACUACAGUAAUUAUGGACAAGGAAGAAUAUAUCAGGAAAGCAGAGGAGCUACUUGCUGACAGAAGCGUCUAUAAACCAAUCGACACACCCAAUAAAAAUGUUGGACAACCAAAUCUUAAGGACCCUACACAAGCUUGUCAAAGCAGGACAAAUAUCAAAACAAAACCAACAGAGAAUGAAAUCCGAUGGACCAGUAAUUCUACGGUAGGCCGGAACUACAAAAACACAAAAUUCCACUACAUCCAACUGUAUCCCUCCCUGGAACGUCAACAUACAACUUAUCAAGAGAAAUUUGAUGACUAUCUUCCGGAAGAACUGCCAUCUACACGAUGGCUUUAAAAAAUAUCAACCGAAACCAUCAGCAGGAGUAAAAUAAGUGCAGGGACCAAUAAACUGAUCAUCCUACCAUAAAUAAAUAACAAUCGGAAAUUUCAGAAAGAUUACUGAAGCCGUUUGGAAUAGGUGUACCACACACACCGACAAAAUCACUUAAAGCAAUCGCAUUCAAACCAAGGAAAAAACGACAAAGGAAGAAAAACCA